CGACAAGCAAGCGCUCCCCGUGCUGCCCCCGCGCGGCGAGAAUCCCCACGACGCGCGCCCCAUCCUUUCCUUCCCUCCCUUGCCAAAUACCGGCUCACCGCUAUGCCCGCUUCCUCCCCUUCCACCUCCACCUCCAGAUCCAGGCCGUUGUUCCCCAAGCCUUCCCCUUCCCACCUCGUCCCCCACGACCUCGCCUCCUCCUGGUGCUGCGCUCCGCACGGCCACACCCCCACCCCCGCCGCCGCCGCUGCCUCUUCCUCCCCGUCAUCCCAAUCCAGCUCCCCCGCCGCCGAAACGAUGGAUCCCCCGCCGCAGCCGCCCACCUCCUACCCGUCCAGCUACACCAAGUUCAACUCCGCGCUCAACGCCGGCCUCCUCAACCCAAUGUCCCCGCCGCCGCUGCCGCUCGACAAGACGCGCUCCAGCCCAACCCUCUUCGACAUGAUGGCCAACGAGCAGGACUACCACCCGCGCACCGCCGCCGCCAUCCACUCCAUCCCGGCCCCGCCGCAGCAGGCGCACCCGCUGCAGCCCGCCCGCUCCAUGGACAGGCAGGUGCUGCUCCAGGAUCGCGUCGCCGAGCUCAUCGGCAGCUGCAGCCCCGGGAACCAGUUCAACGACGCCGACUCCUCCGACGUCCGCCUCACCCUCACCUCCAAGGAUGGCCUCUCCGUCACGCUCUGCGUGCACCGCCACAUACUCGUCGCCCACAGCAGGUUCUUCGCCGCCAAGCUCUCCGACCGCUGGUCCAAGCAGCAGAGGACGUUGCCGCACAUCGUUGAGAUCUCCGACUGCGACGAUGUCGAGGUCUACGUCGAGACGCUGCGGCUCAUGUACUGCAAGGAUCUCCGCCGGAGGCUCAUGAGGGAGGAUGUGAGCAAGGUCCUCGGCAUUCUAAAGGUGUCCGCGGCCAUUGUGUUCGACGCUGGGGUCCUGUCUUGCUUGGAGUAUUUAGAGGCAGCUCCGUGGGCGGAGGAUGACGAUGAGAAGGUGGCGGCAUUGUUGACACAGCUGCACCUCGAGAACUCGGGCGCUGGGGAGGUGCUUAAGAGGGUCUCACUGGAGUUGGCUCCCUCGGCAGUGGCUGAAGAGGUGGAGGUCGGCAGUGGUUGCAAUGGUGGUGGCAAUUCAGGUGGUGGGGAGGAGGUGUUAGUGAGGCUCCUGCAGGUCGUCCUGGAAGGGAAGGACGAGAAGGCAAGGAGGGAGAUGAAGGGGCUGGUUUCCAAAAUGCUCAGGGAGAACAGCACAUCGCGUGGAGGAGCCAUUGGAGGUGACCUCCGGAAGGAGUCACUGUAUUCGGCGUGCAAUGGCUGCUUGCGCCUGCUGCAUGAACAAUUUGAGAUGGCUGCAGGGGGUGACCAAUCUGAGGUAGCGCAGAUUGCCAGGCAGGCUGACAACCUUCACUGGAUGCUUGACAUCCUUGUCGAACGCCAGAUUGCCGAGGAUUUCUUGAGGACGUGGGCAAUGCAGAUUGAGUUGGCAGAGUUGCAUGGCAAGGUGCCAGCAAUACACCGCUAUGAAGUUAGCCGAGUGACGGCAAGACUCUUUGUUGGGGUUGGCAAGGGACAGAUCUUGGUGUCCAAGGAGGUCCGUUGUCAACUCUUGAGUACUUGGUUAGAACCAUUCUAUGAAGACUUUGGAUGGAUGAGGCGAGCCUGCAAGGGGCUUGACCGGCAUUUGAUUGAGGAUGGACUGGCAAACACCAUCCUGACACUGCCGCUAGCAACUCAGCAGGAGAUCUUGCUGGCAUGGUUCAAUCGGUUCCUGAACUCUGGGGAGGACUGCCCAAAUAUUCAGAGAGGAUUCGAGGUAUGGUGGCGGCGUGCCUUCUGGAAAAGAAACGGUGAACCCGAGCAACCACCUCGUUUGAGGAUCACAGCAAUCUGUGAGAAUUCUUGAUUACGUUGGUUCAGUUCUCGGAUACAAUGUGUGGCUGAUGUUGUGAUGUAAAGGUUAAUGCUGUGUGAUCUGUAGUUGUGAUCUAACUGUCUUGUUGAGCUCUCUAUUAUUUCUGUUUGAUUUAGGUGAUUAUACACGAGUAUGUUCAUCUUGUUCAAUUAUACCAGAUCUGAUGUACCUCUAUGCUGGAUCCAUUUUGAAUUGGAAAUGAAGUAGGAUGUUUUUUUUUCCCACCUAGUA